AUGCUGGUAUCAGUCGUUGCUCUAGAUUUCCGAACGAAGGUGAUACGGCGCCUGGCUUUUGAAUCUUCAUACGCCCCCCGCAAGUCGGCCAUAGCUGGUCUGGUAAUUCUCAGUGAUCUUGGAUUUGCUCUCGGCAAUGGCGGCCUUGCAAUCGAGUUUACAAACGCAGCAUUACGCAUGAUACAAGGAACUUCAUUCAACAAUCUUGCUCUCAUUACUCCUGAACCGAUGCAAAGACUAGGGGUAGACAACUGGACAUGUACAACAAAAGCAUCAGUGUUUCUAGCUCACGAGAGCCAAGGUAAUUUUCACCGUACGCCAUCUGUCUCCUCUUAUGAUAGACUCGGGGCCUUGAACUUCACCGAAAUCUCAGAUGAGGCCACUUUAGGAGUAUCUAUGCGACGCAUUGCCUCAUUGGCCAAUGUCGCGAUCGAUUCAACCAACAUAAAGGAAGAACACGAUGCUAAUUUAGUCCAUUGGCAUCUAUCAGACACAGUUCCUCCAGGCAAAAAAGACAUUACAUGUAGGCCAAGAAAUGAGCGCAUCGGUUCGGCUUCACACAAAACCUGCGUAGAGCAUUUUAUACAAAUAGUCGAGAUACUGAACUCUGUGUUCCACAAACUUAGGAGUGUACAGCCUUUUACCCCCACAAUACACUACAUAGCAGUUUCCAUGCAUGUGCUUCUGGAUAAAUUCAGAUCAUUUUCGUGGGACGAUGGGGAGUCAUAUGUGAUAGCGGCGCACCUGAAGUCGCUACAAACAAUCUUAGCUAGACUAGCGCCGAAAUUCGUCCCAGCUCAGCUGCUCCAGUCUUCCCUUUCCGCACUGAUGACUGAAGCCUUGGUAACGGCAUCAAUCUCCACUAAGAACUACUCGAUCAACCGCAGCCAACUAGCUUGUCUACCAGUCCUAGCGUUGGAUACUGGCAAAGGGGAGACAGGCUUUUUUGGGGGAUCCACUACGGAAUCCAAUGACCCGAGCAUAUUGCGCCUUGCAGCUCUCCAUUCGCCUGAGCUUACGGGCAGAACUUUUUAG